UCCUGUCUUUGACAUUCUCCUCCACUGCUUUAAAUGAAAGAAACAGAGCACUGUUCCGAUUCUUUUCAUUUCUCCAUUGAAAUUACAAUUCAAAGCUUUCUUCUUUUGUACGUUAUUCCAUUAAUCCAAUUUGAAACUUUCAAAAUUUUCCCUUUUCUCUGGCUUUCGAGUUUUUCUCGAUUCCUUUCUCCAUUUUAUUCUUUCCCCUCUUCUUCAACAUCUCAAUAUAAACCCUAAUUUUGAUUCUAGUUUCUCAAUUGGUGUGAAUUCUCAGAAAUUCAGAAAACCCUAAUUUCGUUUUUUUCUCUGUUCGGUUUUUUUUUGAUUGAUUCGAUUUCCUUUGAUUCUCCGAUGAGGAUUUAUCUGAUUUUCCUCGUGGUGGUUUCCUUAUUUACCUCCGCGUUUUCCGAUUCGAUUCUCGAGUACCCGUCGGAAAUCGAGAGUCGACACAAGAAAGCUGCCGAAGAAGAUGUCAAUUUGCAUUGUACGACCUGGAGAUUCGCGGCGGAGAUGAACAAUCUCGCGCCGUGGAAAACAAUCCCGGUGGAAUGUGCCGAUUACGUGAAGGACUAUGUGAUGGGUAAAGGCUACCUCACCGAUUUGGAGAGAGUCUCUGAAGAAGCUUUGAUCUUCGCGAGAAGCAUCGAAUUCUCCGGCGAUGGCAAAGAUAUUUGGAUUUUCGAUAUCGAUGAGACUCUCUUAUCCAAUCUUCCUUAUUACAUUGAUCAUGGUUUUGGGUUGGAGCUUUUUGAUCAUUCGGAGUUUGAUAAGUGGGUAGAGAGAGGAGUGGCACCAGCCAUAGCACCAAGCUUGAAGCUUUACCAAAGAGUGUUAGAUUUGGGAUACAAAGUUUUCUUGCUUACAGGGAGGAAAGAGAGUCACAGGCUUGUCACUGUUGAAAAUCUCAUCAAUGCUGGUUUCCAGAACUGGGACAAGCUUAUUCUCAGGUAUAAUUAUAAACAAAUGCAGCUUCUUAGGUUGUAACUAUACAUGCUUCUAGGUCAUGCCAUGAGUUUUUUCGUUAUGCAAUGGUUGAUGCCGGUGGCAUAUAGUUUGAUAAGAAACAUGGGUAGCUCUUUGAUUUUAAGUCAUGCAAUGAGUUUGUUCGUUAUGCAAUGGUUGAUGAUGCUGGUGGAUCAUAUAGAAUUCUGGAUCUCUGCAAAUGGUUUGAUAAGAUAUCUUAGACAUAUCAUCAUCAGUUUUGAACAUCCUUUGUUUAUUCGUUUUGCUUUGCCCUCGUGUCUGUGUGUGAUGUGCAGAUCUCCAGAGGAACAGCACAAAAUGGCGACACUAUACAAAUCUGAGAAGAGAGAUGAGAUGGUGAAAGAGGGAUAUAGGAUUAGAGGCAAUUCAGGUGAUCAAUGGAGUGAUUUGUUGGGUACCUCCAUGUCUCAACGAUCUUUCAAACUCGCAAAUCCAAUGUAUUAUAUCCCCUGAAGGGCUUUAUUUGACGACCUAUAUAAAACAUUUCAAAAAUCGUAUAUACUUACUAUUAGAGCAAUCAAAGUGUUUUUAAAGUUGGAUUGCCUUUGCUUGUAACUUGUCAAGCUACUAAAUGUACUAAUAACAGAGAAUGCUCUGUUUUAUACAGAGUAGAUAGUAUAUAGUACUACUCGUUUUAACUUCUUUUUUUCACAA